AUUAAAAAGACAACCUUUAAAAAAUGAGCAAUAAAGGUGUAGUGAUGGAAGGAAGAAAACAACAAGAAGAACACAGGAGGCAAAAAUGACCUUGGUUAGAAUUAAAUAUUGAAAUUCCCAAGGUAGCAGAGGAUCAUAGAAUUACAAGUUGCUGCGAAAAGAGAGUUUUUGCACAACCUAAUCAUAUACUGCCAAUCGUAAGAUCCAACAUGUCUCAAACACUAAGUUGCAUAAUACAACACCCAAUGGACUCAACUUUGAUGAAGUCACUGUCCCACAACCCAAAGAACUCAAAUUCCUCCACACUUAUCAAGUGCUUUGCCAAAAAUUCUGGUCCUUCUGCCAAGAUCAUGGCUUCUGCUACACCUACAGCAGCUCCCAUCACCUUUGGAUUCAGAAAUUUGUUGGAAACAUUCACUGUUGAUGUGCAUAGAGCAGAGAAUAGGCAACUGAAUGUGCCCUUAAUUGCUCCUUUUACCAUUGCUACCUCUAGACUGGACAAGGUGGAGAACGUGGCCAUAAGAGUUGAGUUGAGCAAUGGUGCUGUGGGGUGGGGCGAGGCACCGAUUUUGCCUUUUGUUACUGCAGAGGACCAAACCACCGCCAUGGCCAAGGCUUCUGAGGCAUGUGCCUUCUUGAGGAGAUGCCCUGCACUAACUUUGGGUUCCAUGCUGGGGGAGAUUGCUGGUAUUCUUCCUGGGCAUCAAUUUGCUUCAGUUAGGGCUGGGGUGGAGAUGGCAAUAAUUGAUGCUGCUGCAAAUAGUAUUCGUGUGCCAUUGUGGAGGCUUUUUGGUGGGGCUUCUAAUACCAUAACCACCGACAUAACAAUCCCAAUUGUUUCUCCAGCUGAAGCAGCUGAAUUGGCUUCUAAGUACUAUAAAGAAGGGUUUAAGACUUUAAAGCUGAAGGUGGGAAAGAAUCUCAAUGCAGAUAUAGAAGUGUUGCAAGCUAUACGUGUUGCCCACCCCGAGUGUCAGUUUAUUCUUGAUGCUAAUGAAGGGUAUAAUUCUGAGGAAGCAGUGGAAGUUCUUGAGAAAUUACAUGAUAUGGGGUUGACUCCUAUUCUAUUUGAGCAACCAGUUCACAGAGAUGAUUGGGAUGGUCUUCGGUAUGUGAGUAGUAUAGCAAGAGAGAGAUAUGGUGUAUCUGUUGCAGCUGAUGAGAGUUGCAGAAGUAUAGUUGAUAUUUACAAAAUUGUGGAAGGGAAUGUUUUAGAUGUCAUUAACAUUAAGCUUGCCAAAGUUGGGGUUAUGGGUGCCCUUGAAAUUAUUGAAAAGGCAAAAGCAGCAGGGUUAGAUUUGAUGAUUGGUGGUAUGGUUGAGACUAGACUUGCUAUGGGUUUUGCUGGCCAACUUGCUGCUGGCCUUGGAUGCUUUAAGUUCAUUGACUUAGAUACACCACUUCUGCUAUCAGAUGAUCCAGUUCUUGAAGGUUAUGAAGUUUCAGGUGCCACUUACAAGUUCUCAAACGCUAGGGGACAUGGUGGAUUCCUUCACUGGGACAACAUUGCAUAACGAUAGAGAUGCUUAUGCCAACACAAGAAUCUUGAAAAGCAUAAAUGGACAAGUUGGUUAGACGGUUAGAAAAUUGAGUAAGAAAUGAAGAUUGACCACUGAUGGGCUUGUGCAACUGUUACAACUUAGCGUUAAAUAUUACAAUAACAACCAUUCAUGAAGAUUUCUUGUGCGGAAUGAGUAGCUAUCCACGACAACUAUGUGUAAUCGAUUCCUCACCUUAUUCUGGAAAGGUCUUGCACCAAAUAAGAGCUAGGAAUCGCACAUUAUGAUAAUAUGAUAUGGACAUGGAAAUACAGAAAAUUUUAGAAAUUAAACUUAAAUUUUGCGCUGUUCAUUUCAAUAAUUUAAACUGUGAUUUUGAUA